AUGAACUUUGUGGGUGUUGGUGUGUUUUUGGGGUGUCUGAUGUUAGUCUAACCUGUGUGUAAGGUGAUUGAGAGACUGAUUGUAACCCCUUGUAGCCAAACCCAAGAGUUAAGUGUGGUUGAGUGAGUCGGUUUUGUGACAAUUGGUUGGCAGCGGUGGCAUAAUUUAAUUUUUUAUUAGAGCAUUAGUGCUUGGAUUAAGUGUUUAACCCUUGCACUAAAGGACUGUACAUCCUUGCGAGGAAUAUACAGUCUUCAAGGACAAACGCAGUGCAUAGUCUAGAAAAGACAUACUUGCAAACAGUAGUGCCCUUCCCUUCUUUUUUCUUUCCUAUCUUUUAUUUGGCAAUUGUCCUCUGAGAUGGCAUCCUACAAGAGGCAGAGCAAGGAACAGCUGUCCAGACUCUGUGAGGAGAGAGGGAUUGCAGUAGCAAAUCAGACCAAGGAAUGGCUUAUUGCAUCCCUGGUUGAAAGUGACCAAGAGUCCAGCACUGGGCAGGUGGGCCAAACCAUGGACAUUGCUAUUGGCCAGUACCACUCUGAUGAGAGUGGCAGCAACAGUUCGCAGAGUGGUACAGGAUCUUCUCUGCAACUGGUUUUGCAGCAGCUGGGCUCAUCGGACCCUAACUUACGGCUACAACUUAUACUGCAAUACCAGCAGGCCGAGGCUGCAGCAGCAGAACGCCAGGCCUCAGCAGAGAGGGAGGCAGCUGAGCGCCAAGCCGAGAGGGAAGCAGCAGCAGCAGCAGCAGCAGCAGAGAGGGAGGCAGCUGAGCGCCAAGCAGAACGACAAUUCCAGCUGGAGAUGGCACGGCUCCAAAAAGGUACUGCCCCACCUCACAGCAGUGACUCCCGGGAGGCCAAUGUCUUCAAACCCCGUCUGGAGAAUUUUCCCGUGAUGGAGAAGGAUGGGGAUCUGGACACUUUUCUGAGGGGGUUUGAAAAAACCUGCAGGCAAUUUCAUUUACCCCGUGAGCAGUGGGCAAGUUUCCUGACCCCAGGGCUUAAGGGCAAAGCUCUGGAAGUUUUUGCGGACCUUCCACUAGAAUAUGAUGGGGACUAUGAUGAAAUAAAAAAAGCUUUAAUUAGGCACUUUAACCUCACCCCAGAGGUACACCGCAAGAAAUUCAGGAGUCUACAGCGUGGGGCGCACGACAGCUACACUGAUGUGGUUGGGAGGCUGAGAAUCACCUUCCAUCAGUGGGUGCAGGGUCGCAGUGUCUCAACAUUUACAGAAUUGGAGGACCUGAUGAUACUGGACCAGUUCCUGUGUAUCUGUCCAGUGGAAGUCCAGCAGUUUGUCCUUGACCGUGAGCCCAAAACUGCUGAUCAGGCAGCACAAAUUGCAGAUGCAUAUACUGCAAACCGGAUGCCAGUAUCCAGGAAGCCUAUUCCAAACCCAGGGUCCCAUAGCUGGAAAGGAGGAAAGCCAGGAGGAAGCCCCUCCUUCCCUUCUUACAAACCGGGGGGAUCUGCAGCUGCUCCUGCAAGUAGCCCAGGGGUAAGGCCGGGACAGGUGGAUGCACGCCGCUGUUUUAUAUGUAAUAAGGUGGGCCACCUUAGUCAUGUCUGCCCUGACAAAAGGAAACCUACACCACCUGGAAAACCCCCUGGCCCAUCUCCUUCUGUUUUGUUUGUUGCUGGGACAGAGGGGAGCCACAAGGACAAUCUGCAGCCGGUUACCGUGGGCACUCAGGUAACUGUGGGACUCAGAGACACAGGAGCAGAGGUGACUUUAGUGCGCCCAGAGCUAGUAAACUGUGAGGAUAUUAUUCCCGGGAAGACCAUGGCUGUCACAGGAUUUGGGGGAGUCUAUCCUGCAGUGCCCAUGGCACGGGUUUACCUGGAUUGGGGAGCAGGGAGGGGGUUGCGGGAGGUAGGGGUGUCGGAAACCAUCCCUACUAAUGUGUUACUGGGUACUGACUUGGGCAGGUUGGUGUCACAGUAUGUGCCCGCAGGGGACCCUCUGGAGCCAGCAGAGCCCUACGUGAAUCCUGCUCAUCUACAGGUAUCUGAUAAUGAUGUUGAUUGUGAUGGGGGCUGGGAGGGAAAUCAGGAUGUGUUUGCAUGCAAUUCUGUAUUAGAGCCAGCUGAAUCCCCAUGCAUAGACCUGGGGGGAGGGGAAGUGUAUGUCCCAUCUCUAUCUCGGGGGGAGAACAAUUUCACAGGGAGUGUAGGGGGAUUCCCAGUAGCAAGCCACUGUGAUGUGGGAGGGGGAACCUCCCUUGUGUUGCAGCAGUAACCUGGCAGCAGUCUGUAAGGGCAAGCCAGUAUCAGACUGGGGGUACAGGGCUGGAGGGUCUGUCACUGAGUGGGGAGGAGGGCCCCUCUGAAGGAAGUCCCCUGCCUGUAGCGUUGCUGUGUCCUGACCCAGAGGACAGGGGGGUUCCAGCUUCUGGGGCCCUGCUCACACUCACACCAGAUCCCAGGUUUGACGCAAGCGGUCGGGAAUUUGAGGCA